GGCGAGGAAAUACAAGUUACUAGAGCAGAACCGUUGCCUAAACUGCCUGAGUGAUGGCCAUCGAACCUUUGAUUGCAGGAAUAAUCGCCGAUGUAUUAAAUGUCGAGGAAAGCACCACCUUAUGGUUUGCUAUUCAAGUGUGUCAAAACUCCAAAUGUUCGAAUCUACGCGGAGGAGGAAUAAUUAUUGUUCAAAGCAGGCUAGAAUGUUUGAGACUGAAAAAUUGUUAGAUGAAAAGACAAAGGCUCUCCAAGAGAAAGAUAGAAAGAUAGUGAAAUUGAUGUCCGAGCUGAUGUUGGCACGCAGAAAAUCCGAGGAGGAAUCCAAAAAAGCUAAGCGAUUGAAAGUUCUAUUAGAUGAAGCUAACUCGAGGAAGAUUGGUGAUUUUAAUCCGAAAAAGAUUGAUGAUGGAAAAGGAACUCUGAAAGAGACUCAAGUGCAGUCAAUUCCCUUCAAAAGACUAACCGAGAAUUGCUUGUUAAAAAUGGCCUGCUCAAGCGUGAAGUGCGCAUUUGCCGUAAAAAAUGCCUAA